GACAUAUGCGCAUGUGCAAAUGGUCCCAUGCUGUAAAACCAAAUGAAGACAGAACUACCAGUGUUUUAGAAAACAAGCUUGGAACAUGUUUAAGUAUAACUUAAUAUAACUCAAGAAAUCGUUGUGCUCCUUACACAAUGGCGACUCCAGCUAUUAAGAUGUUUCGGAGGUUAGAGGGUCUGUUUUGUGUAUACAAACCCUCUGGUGUCCACUGGAAACUCGUACGGGACACCAUCGAGACAAAUCUUCUGAAAGGCUUAGGUGCUACACCAUCCCAGCCUCUUCCUAAGGAGGUCCGCUUCUUGGAACUCCCAGGCAGCGAGACCAAAUCACCCAAGGGACUCACACUGUCUGCAGUCUCUGUGCCGGUACUGUCCAAGCAUCCUCUGGUGACUGGACCUGAAUUUCAGCAUAUUAAAAUUGGAGUAGGACAUCGCCUAGAUGCAUUCUCUUCUGGUGUUCUUGUUCUUGCUGUUGGGAAUGGAAACAGGACUCUGAAUGAUCUCUACAGAACCAGAGUCUCAAGGGAAUACACAUUGGAGGGUGAAUUUGGCACUGCAACAGACGAUUUCUCUCACACAGGCAGAGUUGUGGAAAGGUCCACCUGUGAUCACAUCACACGGGACAAGCUGGAACGAGUCCUGGCGAUGCUGCAGGGAGCCAAUCAGAAGGCCUUGUUAAUGUAUUCCAACGUAGACAUGAAAUCACAGGAAGCUUAUGAGAUGGCUGCACAAGGUUUACUGGGUCCAGAAGGGAAAUCGCAUCCUAUUUUGACAGGCUUGCGUUGCAUUCACUUUCAGCCCCCCAACUUCACUUUAGAGGUUCAGUGUCUGAAUGAAACUCAGAAAUAUUUGUGCAAAGUUGUGCAUGAGAUAGGACUGGAGCUACGCAGCACGGCUGUGUGUAAAGGAGUUAGACGGACCAGAGAUGGCUUCUUCACCCUGCAGGAUGCCUUGACCCAUCACCACUGGACUGCCUCUGAUAUUAUGCAAGCCAUCAGACAAUACCACUGCUCCAAAAAAAACAAAAAAAGCAAACAAUAUAUCGGAGAUCCAGCAUUACGGGCAGCAGAAGAGAAUAUGACAGCCACUCAACGAAAUGAAACCUGCGACGAAGCAGCAGCAGCAGUAGAAGGUAGAAUUAAAUAACUUAUUAUUGUUAUUGCUGUGACCAGUAUUUAAUACAGGUCACCCUGGUGGUUGACUGAAAACAAUUUCAACACAAAACAGAGCUGCUCUGCAGUGACCAGAGAUGCUGGUUUCUAGAAGUGAAAAUAUCCAAUUGGAUACGAUUAGUUUAAUAUGCAAACUUCUGCCCAUGAACAAAAACACUUGCUGUAUCUCAUCUAAAUGUUUGAACUUUUUCAUCUCUAUUAAAUGUCGUCCAGAUAUUCUUAACUUAUUCUGUAAAUCUUUAUAUGAAAGUGUUUUAAUUGUUUUUUUUUACCAUGAAAUAAAUUCAAACGAUUGUUAAGA